AUGUCCGAAACUACAGCUUUAAUCGGGAACAAAAAUGGUAACUACAAUUCAAUGGACUACGAUGAUAUUCAGUUCCAUUGCCAUGAUGAACCAAGUAAGGACGAUAGCAUAAAAUCUGCCAAAGCCAAGAAAAUCUUAUGGAUGUCACUUGGAAUAUGUUUUUUCUUCAUGAUUUGUGAAGUAGUUGGUGGUGUGUGGGCAAAAUCCCUUGCUAUUGUAACUGAUGCAGCUCAUUUGCUCACUGAUUUCGCUUCAAUGUUGAUAUCUUUAUUUUCUGUUUAUAUUGCUACAAAACCACCGUCUCAAAGGAUGAGUUUCGGCUUUCACAGAGCAGAAGUUUUGGGAGCGUUUAUCUCAGUAUUCCUGAUCUGGAUAGUCACGGGUGUGCUGGUUGUUUUGGCUAUUUUACGAAUAGCCAACGCGGACUACGAGAUCGAUGCAACUAUUAUGGCGAUAACGGCUGCUAUAGGAGUUUUUGUAAACCUCAUGUGA